AGUUACUGUUAUUAAUGAUUCUCAAUGCUCUUUUUUGCAAAAUGAGCAAUGGUUGUGUAAAAGUUUUGCAAGUGGCUCCCCAAAUUUCUAAACAAUAAAAUAAAUAUGGUUUAAACAAAAUGUAAACAUUAUACAAGUAGCAAAAAUGAGUGUAAUAAAUGUUUCAUGUGUUUAUCAAACAUUUGAGGCCUCUAUCACAAUUGCUGUAAGCUGUUGGGGCUUCCAGUGAUUGUCUUCUGGAACAAGUGAUGAUCAGUCUGUGGAGGACUAAGCCGACUUUGCCUGCCUGGCAGAGGGAUUAACUUGUUGACAAUCUCUCAGCUCUACUUACUUCUCCACCUGACUCAGACUUUCAGGCAGUAAAGAUGGACAUGUUUGUAAAAUGGUGUGCAGAAAUCAGUGUGUUCGUGAAGAUGUGAGCUGAUGUCUGUCAGGUGAACCUGAGACAAAUGUCUACAGAUGCUGCAUGUGUGGAACAGAACCGGAAAUACUGAGGAGGACAGGACCGUCUGGCUUUAGUGGGUCCAGCAAAGGAAGAACAGAUGUGCAGCGCUGCCUGUCCAGUUUGCUUGUGCCGUCCAAGCAGCAGGAACUCCUCCGUGUCCAGAAUCAUCUACUCCUUCAUCCUGCUCCUGGGCACCAUAGUUUGCUGCAUCAUGCUGUCCCCUGGUGUGGAGCAGCAACUUAAACGGAUUCCAGGUGUGUGUGAGGAUGGUGCUGGCUCCUCUGUUCCAGGCCUGAAGGCUCACCUGAACUGUGAGAUGUUUGUGGGCUACAAGGCAGUGUACCGCUUCUGCUUUGGCAUGAGCAUGUGGUUCCUGGGCUUUUCCAUCCUGCUGAUGAACAUCAAGACCAGCAGAGACCCCCGAGCAGCCAUUCACAAUGGAUACUGGUUCUGUAAGCUGGUUUCACUGGUAGUAGUUACAGUUGGUGCCUUCUACAUCCCAGAUGGACCUUUCACCUACACCUGGUAUGUUGUAGGUUCCUGUGGAGCAUUCUUCUUCAUUCUGAUCCAGCUGGUGCUUCUGGUGGACUUCACUCACUCCUGGAACGAAUCCUGGGUUCAAAACAUGGAGAAAGGGAAUUCCAGAGGCUGGUACGCAGCGCUGCUGACUGUCAUGAUCCUGAACUACAUCACCUCACUGACUGCUGUGGUGCUGUGCUUUGUUUUCUACGCCCAGCCUGAUGGGUGCUUCAUCAACAAGUUCUUCAUCGGCUUCAACACGCUGCUGUGUGUGGUGGCUUCUGUGGUUUCUGUGCUGCAUAAAGUCCAGGAGUUUCAGCCGCGGUCGGGUCUGCUCCAGUCCUCGUUCAUCAGCCUGUACACCAUGUUCCUGACCUGGUCUGCCAUGACCAAUGAGCCAGAUCGAGAGUGCAACCCCAGCCUGCUCAGCAUCUUCCAACAGAUUGCAUCACCCACACUAGCUCCUCCGGAAAUAGAGAACCAGACAGCUGUGCUGAUCAUCGGUAACGAAGAACCUGCCCUGGCAUCCCCAUACUUACAAUGGUGGGACGCCCAGAGCAUUGUGGGACUUGUGAUAUUUGUGCUGUGCAUUCUUUACUCAAGCAUUCGCUCGUCCAACACAAGCCAGGUCAAUAAGCUGACCAUGGCUACCAAACAGUCGGCCAUCUUGGCAGAGGGGGAAGGCAGCCGUGAUCUUUCAGAGCCGAUGGGACCCACAGUCCAGUACAGCUACCCCUUCUUCCACUUCAUGCUCUUCUUGGCUUCCCUCUACAUCAUGAUGACGCUGACUAACUGGUACAGCCCUGAUGCAGACUACAACAUAACCAGCAAGUGGCCCACGGUGUGGGUGAAGAUCUCCUCCAGCUGGUUAUGCUGGGCCCUGUACUUGUGGACUCUGGUGGCUCCCAUGAUCCUCACCAACCGGGACUUUACCUGACCUCUGAUUCUCUUCUUGUUGCUGCAGCAGGAGCUGGUUGAAAGCCCAGGAAGAGGUGUCAUUGGUGGCGAUCCGGCAUCACUGAAUGAAUCUGCUACAAAGCCCUACACAGACACCCAAUGAAGAUGGGGAGUUCAGAAAAUGGACACAUGAAAUCACACGUCAGGCUGAUGGUUCAUGUCUCCAGUUUGCCAGAGGAUGGAGUUUUUUGGUGCCUUUCAUGUUCAUGCAACCUUUGAAAUAUUUAAAUAUGGGAGGCGUUAUCAUUAAGAGAACAGCUGUCUGGCCCCCGGUUCCAGGUUCUGGAUCACAACCACUGCUGGACACACGGGUCUAAUUAAAGCUGUGAUGAUUGUUCUCACCCUUAUGUAAUUAGGGUUUGUUGUUACCCAAGUGAGAUUAGAUGACAUAAACUCUGAUCAUGCCUUUGAUAAAGCCUGAAAUAUGAAACUAUGAUUAAUCUGGUUUUUUAAACUGAAAUAUUGAUUUUCUAAUGUUAGUUGACAACUGUAUUACACUCUGCUUUACUUCAUUAAUUCAAUAACAAUAUGACCAAAUUCACAUAAAGAGCCUUGCCACCUGUAGAUCCUCCACCAGGGGGCAGCAGACAUGUACAGGACAGGAAAAGGCAGGUUUCUGAUGAAGGUACUAAUGCUGACACUUCAUCUGGAGGCUUUAAGGACAGAAGUGCUUUGAUGGGAAGUGAGACAAUGGCCCAACAUGAGUCCAGCCAAAAGGAUUUCUGAUUGUGUGGCGAGCAGCUUCUGAGCCCAUGGUUAUGAAGUAUUCUUCCUCAGUGUUUUAAACUCGCUUUAACUCUGUUUUGACAUCAGAGAAUUUAUGUGCCAUCAGGGCUGUAGAACAGCUGCAGUACAUGCAUCAUUCUGUCAUCACUGCUAAUCACACCACUGGUAGGUGGCAGCUUGUAGAGGCCAUCUGACCCAUGGACAUCCUUCAUGUCUAUGAUCUGCCCAUGUCGGUCAAUUCAGGAGCAGAAAAAGGAGAGAGGAGGAAGAUCCAUCUAAAGCCAUAUGAACAAUGGAUAAUACUGGAAACCCAUAAAGAAAAGAGUGGGAAGAGAAAGAAGAACAGUAGUUCUGGUUUGUGUUUUCAGCUGGUGUAACUCGUUAGGGUUGGUAUCUAAUUGAAGCAGCCGCUGAACCUGAUAGAAAAAUAAUGCAAGUAAAUUUUUUUGAAUAAGGGGAUGUUUGAAUAAAAACUAGUAGCUCACAAUAUAAUCUCAAUAUGUGGGGUAUUUGUGUUUCAUUUACCUACCACCAGGGACAGGAAGAAGCUGCAGCGUGUUGAACGCUCUGCUGAGAAGGUCAUUGGCUGCAAACUCCCCUCCAAACAGGACCUGUACACCUCCAGGACAUUGAGGCGUGCAGGUCGGAUAACAGCGGACCCGUGUCACCCUGGACAUGGUGUCUUCGACUCGCGCCCAUCUGGCAGGAGGCUCAGGUCCAUUCAGACCAGAACCUCUCCUCACAAGAACAGUUUCUUCCCCUCUGCUGUCGGACUCAU